AUGGAAUACCGUGUAAUGCUAAUCUCCACCACAGGAAGACAGGCGACUGCCAAUGUCAAGGAGUCUCUUGAAUGGGGCACUAAAAUCGUGGGAGGCGUGAAGCCUGGCGUUGAAGGCGAACACCUAGGCCUACCAGUCUUCCCAUCUGUCAAAGCGGCUCAAGAACGGGCAAAGCCGGAUGCAUCUGCGAUCUAUGUCCCAGGAAAUCAGACCGCAAAAGCCAUCGAAGAAGCCAUCGAAGCGGAGAUUCCACUCGUCGUAGCCGUGGCAGAACACGUGCCGAUCCACGAUAUCCUUCGGAUCCAUUCCAUGCUACAAACGCAAUCCAAGACCCGUCUGGUAGGUGCGAACUGCCCAGGCAUUAUAUCCGCCAUUGGCAAGUGCCGAAUCGGCUUCCAGCCGUUGCCUUGCUUUGCACCGGGCGAUGUCGGCAUUGUGGCUAAGUCUGGGACACUGAGUUAUGAGACUGUUGCGUCGACGACUCGGGCGGGACUUGGUCAGAGUCUUUGUAUCAGUAUGGGCGGGGACGUGCUGGCUGGCACGAACUUUGUCGAUGCUCUCAAUCUCUUUGAGAAUGAUCCUGAUACUCGGGGUAUUAUCUUGGUUGGUGAGAUUGGGGGUACGGCGGAGAUGGAUGCCGCUGAGUGGAUAAAGGAUUAUCGAAGGAGGACUGUGGAUCCCAAGCCCAUUAUGGCGCUUGUUGGGGGGUUUGAAGCACCCCCUGGCCGGAUUAUGGGACAUGCCGGUGCCUGGGCUGCGCCUGGGGAACCAGAUGCGCAAACUAAGUAUCAAGCGCUUGAACGUGCUGGCGCGGUCAUGGUUAACCACCCUGAGAAGUUCGGCGAAGGUAUGAAGGCUUUGUUUGCUAACCAGUCUAGCCGGCCGGGUACAAGUCAAAUAUCCGGUACUAGUUCACAAAAACGUGGCUUUCAUACUAUGAGACGAGUUACGCCAAUCUCGAGACCGACAGCUGGGCACAAGCGUAGUCUGUACAUCAAGCAGUUCCAGGCAUUUGAUAUCCUCAGACAGAAGUCGAUCCCUGUCAAUGAGUCGGCUUCCAGCUCUGAUAGUUCUAUUUCUGUUUCGAUUACAGUCGACAGAACAGCUUUGUCGCCAUGCAUCAUUGCCUCGUCAACUUCCGAGUCUAACCCAGCUCAGUCGCAGAAAUUUCCAUUCCCUUACACUCAGACCGGGUUCGGAAGCUCCAUCAUUGCUGCUGUUGCCUCGCAUUUGGGUCUUCCAGCCUCUGCCCACAAGCAGCUUGCAGGCUUUGUACAAGCCCUUUGGGAAAUUUACAACGAAAAGGAGGCCUUUACGCUGGAGACGCAGAUUGCCAUCUCUGCUGAUGGUACUUUGGAGGUCCACGGUGCACGUUUCGGCUUUGACGAUGCUGCAUUCCGCAGCUCAGGCCGACAGGAAGAUAUCCACAAACUUCGGGAUACAGCCGAAGAGGUUGCGGAGGAGGUUGAAGCCGAAAAGGAUGGAAUUGUUUACGUCAAUAGGUUGGAAGGUGAAGGCAGCAUUGGCACACUUGUCAAUGGAGCCGGCCUUGCCAUGAACACGGUCGACGCUCUUACUAUCCACGGCGGCCACUGCGCGAACUUCCUUGACACUGGUGGCAAGGCUACGUCGGAGACUGUCAAGGCGUCAUUUCGCGUAAUUUGCUCGGACGCGCGCGUCAAAGCUGUCUUCGUCAAUAUUUUUGGCGGACUGACUCGCUGCGAUAUGAUUGCUGAGGGGAUUAUCUUGGCUUUCCGAGAUUUGAAUAUGAAGGUUCCAGUCGUUGUGAGGCUGCGAGGUACAAAUGAGGAACUGGGACAGAAGAUGAUUGCGGAAAGUGGCCUUCCUUUGCAUGCAUUUGAUGGAUUUGAGGAGGCUGCGAAGAAGGUCAUCGCGUUGGCUCAGGGUCAAUAG